GAGAUUCAAGACGUAGAAGAAGGAGACAAACGUGAACGUCUUUAAAUUAUGAAACCUCUCUCAUAAAGUUCUCACCUGUAUUGAGGUUUUCUCUCUUGAGGUGUUCAACAAUGGCGGAUCAAUCUCUUCUACACUCUCCGAUCAAACCACAUUUCUUCAAGCCUCUUCUUCAAGGCUUUCGCACUCACCUCAACAUUCCUGUUGCUUUCUUCUCGAAGCAUGUUGAAGGAAAAAACGAUCAAAACAAGAUUGCGAAACUGAGAUCAGACGCGUCAGAGAAAACUUGGUUAGUGAAGAUGGACGGUUUGAAUUUAACCGACGGGUGGGAAGAUUUUGCCUUUGCACAUGAUCUCCGAAUUGGUGACAUUGUCAUUUUCAGACAUGAAGGAGAAAUGGUGUUUCAUGUCACAGCUUUAGGACCAAGUUGUUGUGAGAUUCAAUAUUAUACAUCAUCUCACAACAGCAAUGAUGAUGAUCGUAAUGAUCAGACCAAUAUUGCUUCAAGAAACAGUGAAAGAGUGAAGAAGAAUCCCAGAAAGAAAGUAGAGUCUUCUUUAGACCAUUCUCGUUUUGUGGCAAAAGUCUCAGCUUGGGGCCUAAGAAAUGAUCGACUGUAUAUACCACUAAGUUUCGCGAGGUCAAACGGUCUGAACAAAAUCAACAGUAAGAAAAUCUAUCUUUACAACGAAGCAGGAAGAUCAUGGAAGUUAGAUUUGAAACACGACAAAUCAGGCAUGCAUACUUAUAUCCAAUCCGGUUGGAGAAGUUUCUGCGCUGCAAAUGGGAUUAGGCAAGGCCAAUAUACAUUCAAACUUGUCCGAAAAUCGGCACCAUCUCUCAUCCGUUUGUGCCGCGAAAAAGCUAAACCAAAACAAAGAUCAGUUGCAGAAUCUUCAUCAGACCAAUCUUGUUUUGAGGGAUCUGUCAGUCCUUCAAGCCUAAGAAAUAAUCAACUGUUUCUUCCAAGGAGCUUCGUGAGCUCAAAUAGUCUGGAGAAAAGAUGCAGUGAGAUAGUUUUAAAGAAUGAACAGGGAAUAAAAUGGCCUUCAGUUUUGAAACAUUACAAAACAGUCACUUAUCUUACAAAAGGCUGGACUAGUUUCUGUCAAGUAAACAGGAUCAAAGCUGGAGAUUCCUACAAGUUUAAACUGGUUGGAACCUGGACGAAACCUGUUCUUUCUUUGUGUCCUACAAAUUCUAAUCAUGACAAAACUCCAUUAGAGUGUCCCAAUGAUGUCAAGACCCUCUCAUCAAAUCCUAGAAGCGGAGAUGACAGUAGCAAAUCUAAAGAAAUUGAAGAGGAGAAUAUUGAAGACAAGAAUAUCUCAAAGACAUGCUUGGAGAUAAAGAAAAGGAAGUAUUGGUCAAGAUGCAGAGCUUCUGUAGAAAACAUGGAUGAUGAUCAGACCAACAUCGGAAACAGUUCAAGAAAGAACGUAGAGUCUUCAUCAUACCAUUCUAGUUUUGAGGGAUCAGUCAAUCCUUCAAGCCUAUACAAAGAUCAACUGUAUCUUCCAAGGAACUUUGUGAGCUCAAAUGGUUUGGACAAAAGAUGCAGUGAGAUAGUUUUAAAGAAUGAAAGGGGAGAAAAAAGGACUUUAGUUUUGAAACACUUCAAACAAAACCUUACUUUUCUCAAAAAAGGCUGGACCAGUUUCUGUCAAGUUAACAGGAUCAAAGCUGGAGAUUCCUUCAAGUUUAAACUGGUUGGAACCUGGAAUAAACCUGUUCUUACUUUGUGCCCUACAGUAUCCAACCAUCACAAAACCCCAUUAGAGUGUUCAGAAGGUAACAAAUCCGAAGAAAAUGAAGAGGAGGAUAUUAAAGACAAGAAUACCUCUCAGGAUUGCUUGGAGGUAAAGAAAAGGAAGUAUUGGUCAAAAUGCAGAGCCUCUGCAGAGAACAUGGAUGAUGAUCAAACCAACAUUGGAAGCAGUUCAAGAAAGAAGAGAGUGAAGAAAAAUCCAAUAAAGAAAGCAGACUCUUCAUCAGACCAUUCUAGUUUUGUGGCUAAUGUCACAGCUUCAAGCCUAAACUGUGAUAGACUGUAUUUACCACUAGGUUUCGCGAGGUCAAACGGUCUAGACAAAAUGAGCGGUAAGAAGGUUGUUCUUCUUAACGAAGAAGGACGAACAUGGAAGUUAAAUUUGAAAUACAACAAAGCAGGCAACCAGACUUAUGUCAGACCUGGUUGGAAAAGAUUCUGUGAUGCAAAUGGGAUGAGUCAAGAUCAACAAUUUACAUUCAAACUGGUCCAAAAACAUGGACCACCUGUCAUGCGUUUGUACCUUGCAGAACAUAGACCAAAAUCAGAAUCUUCAUCGCACGGUUCCUAUUUGGUGGGAUCUGUCACUGCUUCAAGCAUAAACAAAGAUAAGCUGUAUUUAAGGAAGAGUUUUGUGAGCUCAAAUGGUCUGGACAAAGGAUGCAAGAAGAUAGUUUUAAAGAACGAAUGGGGAAGAGAAUGGAAUUUAGUCUUCAGACACUACAAAUCACACUGCUUUACUAUUAUCAAACGAGGCUGGGCCAGUUUCUGCCAAGGCAACGGAUUAAAAGCUGGAGAUUCCUUCAAGUUUAAACUGGUUGGAACAGGGGAAAAGCCUGUUCUUUCUUUGUGCCCUGCAGAAUCCAGUUGUGAGUGUCCAGAUGGUAGUGAUGAUGUAAAGUCCCUCUCCUCAAAUUCUAGCAGCGGAGAUGACAGUAGCAGAUCCGAAGAAGUUGAAGAGGAGAGUAUGGAAGACAAGAACAUCUCACAGGAUUGCUUGGAGAUCAAGAAAAGGAAGUAUUGCUGUUCAUCUUCAUAUAGUCAAAACCGAUUUGUGACAUUAACUCUUACACUGUCCGCUUUUCAAACCUACAAACUGUAUCUUCCGCGCGGUUUCACGCAGGUGAAUGGCAUCAACAAGCCAAGGAAGAUAACUCUGCUGGGUCAAGAUGGAGUAAAACGGGUGGUGGAUCUCUAUCAGGAUAAAAUAAGCGGAACAAUGAGAUUUGGCAAAGGCUGGAGAGAGUCCUGUGAAGCUCAAGGCGUGAAGAUAGACGAGUCCUUUGUGUUGGAACUCAUUUGGGAGAAAGAAGCAAGUCCGGUACUUAAGUUCUGCACCAAAUUAAACUCUGCUUGAGACUGUUUCCAGAGAAGUAGCUUGUGGAGGUGUGUCUCAACACAUUAUCUCAUUCGCUCGAUAUCUAUAGCUUUACAAUGUUUUCCUUAUGGGUCAAGAGUUGUCAGCUAGUUGACUAGAUGUCUACACAUCUGAGCCUUGUUUAAGAGUUCAAGAAAAUGUUUCAACUGACUACUUGUGUGUUGUGAACAUUUUGAGAAUUUGUAAUGUCUUCUUCAAUA